AUGGAGAACGACAGUGUGAGGCCGAACACCUUGGCAGCCUUGGAGGCGGUCCCAAAGAUCUUGAGCAUCCACGAGGUGAAUCGGACAGCGCCGGCAUCUUCACCAGCCGCCACCCCUCGCUUUAGCUCGACGCCACCAUCCCCAGGCACACCUGUGAACCGCGUGAACUCCACCAAGCUUCUAGGGGAUGACAUUGUCCCCCUGGGCGACGAGCUGAGCCAUCGGUGCCCGGAGCCGAACCGAGCACCGCCCGCGCCGAACCGAGCGCCGCCCGCGGAAGAGGUGGAUUUCCUCUCCGAGUUCGAUCCCUUUCGCAGCGACGCGGCGGGAGCCGUCACGUCCACGGCGUCCGCGGCGGCUCCGGAUGUGGACCUGGGAGAGCUCUUUGCUGAGCUGGAUGAGAGGCCUCACGCCGACACAGCGUGCUCUGUGGAGCGUCCCCAGCGCUUGGUGGCAGAGCUGCCCAAAGAGCUCGAGGAUCCUUCGCCGAAAGCUCUGGCAGAACCACUGAAGGAGCAUCAAGAGCCCAAAGCCUCCCGCCUUGUGGCAGAGCUGAAUACGCUGAACGAAUCCGAAGUGGCGAAGCGCAAGCCGCGACACGAGCGGGGGCGGCGUUUGAAGGCCGAGCUGGCAAAGGGCUCUGGCUCGGGGGCGUUGCGGCCUUUGCCGGAUGGCUGCGAGCUGGACGCGCCGUCGAUCGACCUGGAGGUUCCGCGAGGGCGGCCCUGGUUGGAAGGAUCGCAUCGGCGAGGCCGAAGUCUUGAUGCCACCGUGCCUGUCUCCGACGCACUGGACCUGCAGCGGAGCAUCCCUCAGAACUGGGAAAUCUGUGAGCGUCCCGCCAGCUCCUCACAGGCCAGGAGCCGCAGCGCGGACCUCGUCAGGCCUGCUCCAGUUGAGUCAGAGGCAUUGCAGAAGCGGAGUGCUACAGCCCUGCAGGUCUGGCAGACUCCUCAGGUCUGGCAGUCUGUGCGAGAACGCGAGGUGCUGCAGAUCUUCCAACGCCUCAUGCAGCAGGGCGACCUCUACUUGUUGGACGCCCCGGGUCAGGCCUAUCUCAAGUACUGUGAUGCCAAUAGUCGGCAUGAAGAGGUCACCGGAAGCAAAUCAGGUGACGCCUUUCGUGGAAUGGCCCGAAGCUUAUCCUUGGCCGCAGACCGCAUAUGCUUUGAGUCCGGGGUGCCCGCCACCCGAGAGGAGCGGCUAGAUCUGGGCAUCGCGAUGUUGGAGUCUGCCAUUGCCCAUGGCUGUAGCCAACUGGGUCAGGCACGCAGUGAUCCGGCACUGGAGAACCUUCGGAGGUAUCGAUCCCCCCGCUUUGCAGCACUCAUGGACCGACCGCCCCAACUCACGUCGCUCGCGCGUUCGCGGCAGCUGAGGAGACGGAGGUUUCGUUUCGGUAGGGAACUUUCAGCUUUGUUAACUUUGCUUUUGGUCCAGCUUGAUGAAAGCCAGAAUCAGCGGACGCUUUGGUAG